AUGGUGCUGAAGCUUUUUCACAAGAUGAAGGAAAAACAUUUGCCUUUGAAUGACUAUUCUUACAAUGCAAUUAUUCACAUGUUGGGCCGCAGAGAGGACAUGAAAGAGGCAAUGAUAAUUUUUGAAGUAAUGAAGGCUUGUUGUAUAUUACCAAGUGUUCAUCCAUAUAGUAGUCUGAUUUAUGGGUUUUGCAAACAAUGUCAUUUCUCAAAGGGCUUUGCUCUCUUAGAGGAAAUGGCUUCUGUUGGAAUAAAACCUAACAUUAUUUGUUACAGCAUGUUCCUGAAUGGGUUAUCUAAGAACCAAGAAAUUGAAAUUGCUGUAAGAUUUUUUCAUAAAUUGGCAGCUCUUGGCUAUGACCAUGAUGAAGUUACAUAUGGCAUCAUAAUUGAUGGGUUUUGUAGAAAUGGUGAAAUGGCUAUUGCCCACAACUACCUGAAUGCAAUGGUUAAAAAUAACAUUGUGCCUGAUAUUUUCUGCUACACCAGUUUAAUUCAUGGAUAUAGCAGAUGUGGGUGCCUACAGGAAGCUCUUAACGUCUUUAUUCUCAUGGAUGGUCUCAUCCAAGAAGCAUUUAAGUUUUUAGAUGAUAUGCUGGAAAGGGGCAUCAUCCCUAAUGUAAUUACAUACAACACAGUGAUUGAUGGACUUUGUAAGGAAAACAAGGCUUCUGAAGCAUGGUCAUUAUUUCAUGAGCUGGUAAAGAGGGGACUUGUUCCUGAUAAUGUUGUCUAUGGCAGCAUGCCACCUUUACCUGCAGAUCAAGUCAAGCCAUUGAAUGACUUUGAUUAUGGAGGAGAGGCCUCUCCUGGUGGAGGUGGUAAGGUCGUGGUUCUCGUGGACGGGGGUGAGGGGAGAGGAAAUGGUGAUGCUGACGGUGAACAUGUAAAUGGUGGCUGGGACAGAGGCCGAGGAUACAACCGCGGUCAUGGGCGUGGUGGCUACCGUGGACGUGGGAGAAGCUAUGGGCACCGUCGUGGCAGGGGACGUGGACGUGGAAGGGGUCGUGGAUCUAAUGGUUCAGUUAAUGUAGCUGUCGGCACUGUAGCUGCAUAG